AUGAGAGUGGCCCCCCUGGCCUUUAGACUGAUGUGCCUGGCCUGGUUGUGGCCCGUCAGCAACCACCUCCAAAACAAGAGGAGACACAAGGAGCAGUACGGAGAGAACACCCAACAGAAGCAUGGAGGACGAGUGGAUCUUAGGAUGAAAAAGGACAGCACCAAGUCUCUGCUAAUUAAAUCUGAGCAACUGCUUCGAAUUGAAGAACAUGACUUUGCAAUGCGUCCUGGAUUUGGAGGUUUGGCUAUUCCUGUCGGCAUCGACGUCCAGGUGGAGAGCAUUGACAGCAUAUCUGAAGUAAACAUGGACUUCACCAUGACUUUGUACCUGAGGCAUUACUGGCAGGACGACCGCCUGGGCUUCCAAUCCGGCAGCAACAAGAGUCGUACCUUUGAUGCACGUCUCGUGAAAAAGAUUUGGGUUCCCGACGUGUUCUUCGUCCACUCGAAGCGUUCUUUUAUCCAUGACACAACCAUGGAGAACAUCAUGCUGAGGGUUUUUCCUAACGGCAAUAUCCUCUACAGUGUCAGGAUCACUGUGACGGCACUUUGCUCAAUGGACUUCAGUAGUUUCCCUCUGGACACACAGAACUGCUCUCUGGAGCUAGAGAGCUAUGCUUACAAUGUGAACGACCUAAUGCUCUACUGGAAGAACGGGAACGAUUCAUUAAGGACUGACGAGAUCGUGCUCUCUCAGUUUUUUAUUGAAGACUUCCAGCCUUCCUUCGGGCUUGCCUUCUACAGCAGUACUGGCUCCUACAAUCGGCUCUACAUUAACUUCAUCCUCAGGAGGCAUAUCUUCUUCUUCAUGCUUCAGACGUACUUCCCCACCAUGCUGAUGGUGAUGCUGUCCUGGGUGUCUUUCUGGAUAGACAGGAGGGCCGUACCUGCCCGUGUCUCUCUGGGCAUCACCACGGUUCUGACCAUGUCUACCAUCAUAACUGGUGUCUCAGCCUCUAUGCCACAGGUGUCUUACGUCAAAGCUGUAGACAUCUACCUGUGGGCAAGCUUCUUGUUUGUCUUCCUGUCUGUCAUUGAGUAUGCUGCCGUCAACUAUUUCACUACAGUGGAGGAGAUGAAGAAGCUCAAGAGGGCAAAGAUUCCCAACUCCUACGAUGCCACCCAGGCUAUGGCGUUCGACGGCUGUUUCCAUGACAAUGACAUCGACCUGACUUCUUUCCCGGAGGUCUCCAGCACCCCGAACACAGAGAGGAACACCCAGACUCGGAACUCUACUGUCUCCGGACCCACAGAAGGCACCAGGCUACGCCGCAAGAACCCUGUGAAGCAACACCUCAGCUUCAUUAUGAGCAACAGCUACAUGAUCGAUUCCUACUCUAGAGUCAUAUUUCCCCUGGCUUACCUGCUCUUCAACAUCAUUUACUGGAGUUUGUAUGCAUAG